GCGGGCGAGCCUGUGUGGUACAGUAGUAUCACGCGAAGCUUCCAGAGAACAGUGCUGUGGAUCCUAGUUUCGGAUCCAGCUUGGUGCGGUUGUUUUUCGGCACGGGGGGCCGUGUAUAAAUUACCUUUCGGAUCGCGGGCAGCAGGGGAUUGGCUCCCUCCUGAUAGAAUGUUCUAUUCUGCUCAGGUUCGUACGCCACCGUGGGCUACGAGGAGAUUUUUCAGAACUGUCACUCGGAUUUGCCAGAGCCGUUCUCCAGCACUAAAGGAGAGAGCCAGUCCAAAGGAUCAAGAUAUCAAGUUAGCAGGAACAGGACGACCGAGGCAGGCUUGCGGGAAAAUACGCGGGAUUUAUAUGGCGCCUCCUACCAUUGUUCGGGACAAACAGGAACAUCCUGACCAGCGAGAAAUAGUAACCCCCAUAAAAUAACCAAUAAACCCUGGCAAAGAUUGUCCAUUGGAAAAAAAAA